UUCCAACUGCACAAAGAGCCCGGCCUCCUCCCGGGUGACAUCACAAAGGGCCGGUCCCCCGCCCCUUCGGCGCCACCACGUGUGUCCCCGCGCCCGGUGGCCACCGACUCAGUCCCUCGCCGGCCAGUCUGGGCAGCGGAGGAGGGUGGUUGGCAGCGGCUGGAAGCUUCGCUAUGGGAAGUUGUUCCUUCGCGCUCGCGCGCCCAGCCCUCCUCCCUGGUUCUCCGCAGCCGCUGUCUGAGGAGAGCACCCGGAGGCGCGGGCUGCAGUCGCGGCGGCUUCUCCCCGCCUGGGCGGCCGCGCCGCUGGGCAGGUGCUGAGCGCCCCUAGAGCCUCCUCGCCGCCUCCCUCCUCGGCCCGGCUGCAGCAGUGCACAUGGGGUGUUGGAGGUAGAUGGGCUCCCGGCCCGGGAGGCGGCGGUGGAUGCGGCGCUGGGCAGAAGCAGCCGCCGAUUCCAGCUGCCGUGGGGCCGCGCGCCCCAGGCGCCCCUGCGAGUCCCCGGCUCAGCCAUGGGGACCUCUGCGAGCAGUAGCACCGUCCUCGCCUCCGGCAGCCGCUUCGCCCGCCGAGCCACAGCCACGAUGAUCGCGGGCUCCCUUCUCCUGCUUGGAUUCCUUAGCACCACCACAGCUCAGCCAGAACAGAAGGCCUCAAAUCUCAUUGGCACAUACCGCCAUGUUGACCGUGCCACCGGCCAGGUGCUAACCUGUGACAAGUGUCCAGCAGGAACCUAUGUCUCUGAGCAUUGUACCAACACAAGCCUGCGCGUCUGCAGCCGUUGCCCUGUGGGGACCUUUACCAGGCACGAGAAUGGCAUAGAGAAAUGCCAUGACUGUAGUCAGCCAUGCCCAUGGCCAAUGAUUGAGAAAUUACCUUGUGCUGCCUUGACUGACCGAGAAUGCACUUGCCCACCUGGCAUGUUCCAGUCUAACGCUACCUGUGCCCCCCAUACAGUGUGUCCCAUGGGUUGGGGUGUGCGGAAGAAAGGGACAGAGACUGAGGAUGUGCGGUGUAAGCAGUGUGCUCGGGGUACCUUCUCAGAUGUGCCUUCUAGUGUGAUGAAAUGCAAAGCAUACACAGACUGUCUGAGUCAGAACCUGGUGGUGAUCAAGCCGGGGACCAAGGAGGCAGACAACCUCUGUGGCACACUCCCGCCCUUCUCCAGCUCCACCUCACCUUCCCCUGCCACAGCCAUCUUUUCAGCCUCUGAGCACAUGGAAUCCCAUGAAGUCCCUUCCUCCACUUAUGUUCCCAAAGGCAUGAACUCAACAGAAUCCAACUCUUCUGCCUCUGUUAGACCAAAGGUACCAAGUAGCAUCCAGGAAGGGACAGUCCCUGACAACACAAGCUCAGCAAGGGGGAAGGAAGACAUGAACAAGACCCUCCCAAACCUUCAGGUAGUCAACCACCAGCAAGGCCCCCACCACAGACACAUUUUGAAGCUGCUGCCGUCCAUGGAGGCCACUGGGGGCGAGAAGUCCAGCACGCCCAUCAAGGGCUCCAAGAGGGGACAUCCUAGACAGAACCUACACAAGCAUUUUGACAUCAAUGAGCAUUUGCCCUGGAUGAUUGUGCUUUUCCUGCUGCUGGUGCUUGUGGUGAUUGUAGUGUGCAGUGUCCGGAAAAGCUCAAGGACUCUGAAAAAGGGACCCCGGCAGGAUCCCAGUGCCAUUGUGGAAAAGGCAGGGCUGAAGAAAUCCAUGACGCCAACCCAGAACCGGGAGAAGUGGAUCUACUACUGCAAUGGCCAUGGUAUCGACAUCCUGAAGCUUGUAGCAGCCCAAGUGGGAAGCCAAUGGAAAGAUAUCUAUCAAUUUCUCUGCAAUGCUAGUGAGAGGGAAGUUGCUGCUUUCUCCAGUGGGUACACAGCUGACCACGAGCGGGCCUACGCGGCUCUGCAGCACUGGACCAUCCGAGGCCCCGAGGCCAGCCUCGCCCAGCUGAUUAGCGCCCUGCGCCAGCAUCGGAGAAACGAUGUUGUGGAGAAGAUUCGUGGGCUGAUGGAAGACACCACCCAGCUGGAAACUGACAAACUGGCUCUCCCGAUGAGUCCUAGCCCACUUAGCCCCAGCCCCAUCCCCAGCCCCAAUGCAAAACUUGAGAAUUCCACUCUCCUGACGGUGGAGCCUUCCCCACUGGACAAGAACAAGGGCUUCUUCGUGGAUGAGUCGGAGCCCCUUCUCCGCUGUGACUCUACAUCCAGUGGCUCCUCCGCGCUGAGCAGGAACGGUUCCUUUAUUACCAAAGAAAAGAAGGACACAGUGUUGCGGCAGGUACGCCUGGACCCCUGUGACUUGCAGCCUAUCUUUGAUGACAUGCUCCACAUUCUAAAUCCUGAGGAGCUGCGGGUGAUUGAAGAGAUUCCCCAGGCUGAGGACAAACUGGACCGGCUAUUCGAAAUUAUUGGAGUCAAGAGCCAGGAAGCCAGCCAGACCCUCCUGGACUCUGUUUAUAGCCAUCUUCCUGACCUACUGUAGAACAUAGGGAUACUGCAUUCUGAAAAUUACUCAAUUUAGUGGCAGGGUGUUUUUUUUUUUUUUAAAUUUUCUUCUGUUUCUAAUUUUUGUCAUUUGGGGCGUGUGUGUGUGUGUGUGUGUGUGUGUGUGUGUGUGUUUAACAGAAUAUAUGGCCAGUGCUUGAGUUCUUUCUUUCUCUCUUUUUUUUAAAAUAACUCUUCUGGGAAGUUGGUUUAUAAGUCUUUUCAAGGUGUAACUUGUGAAAUACCCACCACUAAAGUUUUUUAAGUUCCAUAUUUUCUCCAUUUUGCCUUCUUAUGUAUUUUCAAGAUUGUUCUGUGCACUUUAAAUUUACUUAACUUACCAUAAAUGCAGUGUGACUUUUCCCACACACUGGAUUGUGAGGCUCUUAACUUCUUAAAAGUAUAAUGGCAUCUUGUGAAUCCUAUAAGCAGUCUUUAUGUCUCUUAACAUUCACACCCACUUUUUAAAAACAAAUAUUAUUACUAUUUUUAUUAUUGUUUGUCCUUUAUAAAUUUUCUUAAAAGAUUAAGAAAAUUUAAGACCCCGUUGAGUUAAUGUAAUGCAAUUAGACUCUGAGUUAUCUUUUCAGUAUGUCUCGUAUAGUUCAUAUUCAUGUCUGAAACUUGACCACACUGUUGCUGAUUGUAUGGUUUUCACCUGGACACCGUGUAGAAUGCUUGAUUACUUGUACUUCUCUUAAUGCUAAUACGCUCUGGGCUGGAGAACUGAAAUCCUCAAGCCAUCAGGAUUUGCAAUUUAAGUGGCUUCACAACUGGGCCACCAAAGAACUUGAACUUCACUUUUAGGACUUGAGCUGUUCUGGAACACAUUGCUGCACUUUGGAAAGUCAAGAUCAAGUGCCAAUGGCACCCUUUCCAUAGAGAAUUUGCCCAGCUUUGCUUUAAAAGAUGUCUUGUUUUUUAUAUACAUAUAGUCAAUAGGUCCAAUCUGCUCUCAAAGCCUUGGUCUUGGUGGGAUUCCUUCACCAAUUACUUUAAUUAAAAAUGGCUGCAACUGUAAGAACCAUUGUCUGAUAUAUUUGCAACUAUCCUCAUGUUUCCAAAUGUAUCUUCUAAUGCUCAGUUGCCAGAUUCCAGUGCAAAGGUAGCGUGGACUCCCUUUGUGUGGGCGGGGUUUGUGGGUAGUGGUGAAGGACUGAUAUCAGAAAAAUGCCUUCAAGUGUACUAAUUUAUUAAUAAACAUUAGGUGUUUGUUA